GGCAGGCAGGCAGGCGGAGGGAGGCGCCGCGGCCGCCGGUGGCUGGCAGGCAGGCUGGCCAGUCGCUCCUCGUUACCGUGUGCUUGUUUUCCGGUAAUGGACGGGCUGUUCCCACAAUCCCUACAUUUAUCAGUAAGUGCAGGGCGAGGGACAGAUAAAAUAAUUAGAUACUGAACGGAGAGACGCGGAGUUCAUAUAUCACUCUGGCCCGGAAGGCGCGGGCCAGAGGGCGGGACCAGCCGCGCGCCGCCACCCCGCCGGCCAACCAGACAGUGGGGCGGUGGCUCCAGCCUGGCCGGCCCCGCCCCCACAGAGUGGCCGGCCCAGUGCCUCCGCCGGUAUUACAAAUACUGAAUGAGAUGUGCCAAAGUGAACUCGGCCCGAUGCGAUCCCUUACCGGCGGCAGAUAAUCGAAAAGCGGGACGCGCAGUGCGAAUCUGCCUUAUCGCGCCGGAGAUCUGUGCGGAGCCAGCCCUGGCAGGACCCGGCGGCCGGACGGGCGCGGCGUGUGGUCGAGUGCACCUGCAGGCAGCGGAAGGGUCACCUGCUCACCGGCGCCUCCCUCGCCCCGCACAGGUCACGAGGAGGCGGAGACACACCUACUAACACACACCUGCCAGCACACACCAGCAGGAAGGACCCAACCCACACCACAGCCCACCACCUGACGCGCCAACACCACCACUACUACACCACUUCACCACCUCGACGCUAAUCACCAAGAGAGGAGGACAAACCAAGCUUCCCACGAGAACAACAACAACAACAACUACAAACAACACCAACAAUAACAACAACAAUAUCUCGAAAGGUUACUAAUCGUGCAAUAAAGUUCAAAAAGAUACUAAUAAUAACAGUGAAACGAUCCCAAAGUACAUCUAGUCUCCAGGCAAGAAUAGACACACAAAGUACAAACGAGAUAGUGUUCACCAUCAGCCAACGGAGGUUAAAGGAAAGAUGAAGGCCUCUAGUGUUCCUUGAAGUCUCUGAAGCGUCCACCAGUCAAUUGAGGAAAUAAAAAAAGAAGGAAGGUUACCAAAAUAUCUACAAGUUUCAAAGAAGGUACAAGAAGAAAAGGAGAAGAAGAAGAAGAAGAAGAAGAAGAAGAAAGAUUACAAAAUAUCUACUAGGUUUAAAGAAGGUAGAAGAAAGAGAAUAAGAAAAGAAAGAAAAGAAGAAGAGAGAGAAAGAAGAGAGAGAUUACACUAGUUUCAAAGAAGGAGAAGAAGGAGAGAAGAAGAGAGAGAUUACAAAAUAUCUUCUACUAGGUUCAAAGAAGAAGGAGAGAAGGAGAAAAGAAGAGAGGGAAACAAAAGACAGUCCCUCCUUAACAGAUCUUCAAUAAAAGGAGAGACCCUAAAUAUUACCCUGAGGAACACCAAAAAAUAAAAAGAGCCAAGAAUUUAGAAGCCAGAUACAUCUAAAAAACAAAACAAAGCAAAAAAUACAGAGGAGAGGCCCUAAGAAUUACCCUGAGGAACACCAGGACCUAAGAAGUCAAGAGUUGAGGAAGAAAACACCAUAAAAAGGAACCAGAAACCUUAGAAAAACAGCAAAGGCUCUAAGAAUCACCUUGAGGAACAUCAAAAACUAAGAAGCUGAGAAUUGAGGAACCAAAGACCUUAAAAAACAGUAAAGGUCCCAAAAAUCAGCCUGAGGAACACCAGAACCUAAGGGAGACGAGAUUUGAGAAGCCAGAGACCCUUGAAAAACAGGAUAGGCCCUCAAAUUUACCCUGAGGAACACCAAAAGCUAAGGAGACGAGAGUUGAGUAGCCAGAGACCUUAGAAAAAUCAGUAAGGGUCUCAAAAGUCACCCUGAGGAACACCACAACUUAAGGAGCCGAGUCCCAGAAGUCAGCCUAAGGAACACCACAACCUAGGGAGCCGAGAGUUUACAAGCCAGAGAGGGCCUAAGAUGCUGGACAGACAGGAGGAGGCGCACGGUCAGGAGGAGGCGGUGUGUGUUGGGUGUGGCGUCAGGAUUACAGAGCGGUGGUUCUCCAAGACGCAGGAAGGCAUGUGGCACAGUGCUUGUCUCAGGUGCUCCGAGUGCCACCAGCCCCUCGAGGAGAAAUGCUUCGCUAAACACGGUCACCUUUACUGCAGGGAGGACUACUUCAGAAUGUUUGGAUGCGGGCGGUGUGGGCGUUGUAAUCUGGACAUCGCGCCCCAGGAACUAGUGAUGCGCGCCCGCCACCACGUGUUCCACCUGCAUUGCUUCACUUGCGCCUCCUGUCACCAGCAACUACACAAAGGUGAUCAUUUUGGGAUGCGAGAGGGAGCCGUGUACUGCCGUGUCCAUUAUGAGUUAAUACUACAAUCCGAGGCUGAAAUGGAGGCGGUGGGAGUGUCCUCUGGUAUAUCUUUCCCGCCUCUCUCUCCAGCCACGCCCCGUCUUGCUUUCUAUAACGGUGUCGGGGCGGCGCAGAAAGGAAGGCCGAGGAAAAGGAAACCCAAUGAGGAUAUGCCACCUCUUACCCCUCUUACGCCGGGCAUGGAACUGGUGCCGGGGGGAGACAUAUCAAUGGAGGCUUACAGGUACGACCCUCAGCCGCCAGGACAGACCAGAACCAAGCGCAUGAGAACCUCCUUUAAGCACCACCAGCUGAGAACCAUGAAGUCCUAUUUUAACCUGAACCAGAACCCGGACGCCAAGGACCUCAAACAGCUGGCCCAGAAGACAGGCUUAUCCAAGAGAGUCCUACAGGCCAUGAAGCUCUCUAAGACUUGAGCCACUGACACUCUGGAAGGGGAGGGGCAUUGUCUCCACCAUGCAGGAAGGGCCGCCACCUCCACCUCCCUCAUCCCCACACCACCUCCUCCUCCACCUCCUCCUCCACCACCGCCAUCCCACUACCUUUCUCCGGCAGGUAUGGUUCCAAAACGCGAGGGCCAAGUGGCGGAGGAACCUUUUGAAGCAGGAGCAGGAGAGGCACGUUGGCGAUAAGAUGAAGGACCAGAGCAGCCUGCUGACGGACCUGCGACCUGUGGAUUCCCUCGGUCCAGGACUCACGGACCUCUACGCCAUGUCCUCGGGGGAUGAAGGAAGUCAGUCCCUCCAGUUUACGGAUAUGUGCCAGUAAAAAGGACGCGGGUGGAGUGUAGGAUGCUAUACGAUGAAGGAUGUUUAGUCUUUGGAUGCCGUCACUUCGUAGGACUCUGUGGCAGUCUGUAUCAAGAGUCCUACUGCUAUCCUACACCGACUCCUUCCCGUCUUGCCAGGAUGUGAGCAGCGGGAGUAAAGAUAGGAAUUGUAUGGCCAGGGGCGCCGAGGGGAGUCCUUCGCUGAGAGGUGAGGUGAAGGAGUUUUAGGCACACACACACACACACACACACACACACACACACACACACACACACACACACACACACACACACG